AUGUCCGUCCAAGUUUUGUCGGCCCUAUUGCAUGGGACCCUGCCCUCGCUGCACGUCUCAUUGCCUCUCCUGCUUCUCGGCCUCAUCGCGGUGGUUGCCUUGAAGAGACGCUAUGCCACUUCCAUCCGGGAUAUUCCAGGCCCAUGGCUGGCGUCGUUCUCUAGUCUGUGGCAGGUCUAUCAGCUGAUCAAAGGCCACACGGAACAGGAGAUCGUGAAGCUCCAUCGCAAACAUGGCAGCUUUGUUCGCAUCGCCGAUAACGAGGUCAGCGUCGCCCAUCCGGAUGCAGUGCGCUUGUUGCUCCAUGCCAACAUUGCCAAGGGCCCUUGGUAUUCCAUCUUCAGCUUGCCCGACUAUCACUAUGUGAAUCAAAUGUCGGAGCUGGACCCCCAGCGACACAUUCGCAAGUCCCGUAACGUCGCUUCAGGAUAUGCACUUUCGAACAUCAUCAAAUCCGAGCCUUAUGUGGAUGCGCUGCUAGCCCUCCUGGAGGACCAGUUCGAUAAGCUGAUCGCGUCCGGCCAGCCCGUCGAGUUCGACCGCUGGUUUAACUACUUUGCCUUUGAUGUCGUCGGCGAAGUAACUUUCUCCAGUCCGUUCCGCUUCCUGGAGACCGGGACCGACAUUGGAAAUGCCAUUGCCAACACCCGCGCUUUGGCCCUGUACAUCGCGAUCAUGGGGCAUUACGUGUGGCUGCACAACCUCACCCUUGGAAACCCACUUCUCAGUCGACUGGGUCUGCAGCCUUCGUCUCACAUUUUCGACACCUGCUUGUCAGCCAUUGACCGUCGGAAGAAGAACUCCGAUGUUCGCCUCGAUAUGAUGGAGCGGUGGCUUCAUGUCCGUCGCCAGUACCCCGAUCGCAUGGACGAAGCAGAGGUCUUUGGUGCUGCCGUUGCUAAUAUUGGCGCUGGCGCCGAUACCACCAGUGCCACGUUACAGGCAUUCUUCUAUUAUUUGAUCCAUCAUCCACAGUAUCUGCAGAAGCUUCAGGAGGAGAUCGACGGAGCACACUCUCGUGGUGACCUCUCACGGGUGGUGUCGUAUGCAGAGGCAGCCAAGCUGCCUUAUCUCCAAGGAUGUAUCAAGGAAACUUACCGCUACCACUCGGCGACCGGCACAGGAUUGCCUCGCGUUGUCCCUGCGGGCGGUCUCACCAUCGACGGGCGACAUUUCGUGGAAGGGACAAUCUUGAGCAUUAAUCCCUGGGCGUUCCACCGCAACCCGGAUCUUUUCGGUUCUGACUGCAACGACUUCAAUCCUGAGCGGUGGCUUGACCCCGAGAGAGCCAAACAGAUGGACCCGUACCUUAUCCACUGGGGAGCUGGGUACAACCAAUGUCCCGGACGAAACUUGGCACACUUUGAGAUCUCGAAGCUUACGGCCACGAUUAUCCGUGACUAUGAGAUCGAACAGGUGGAUCCCAAGAAGCCGUGGAGCUUCGAGACACAUUUCACGGCUGUUCCGUAUGGGUGGCCUUGUUGGCUACACCGACGACAAACCCGCGCGGCGUAGUGUCUGGGAUACCAAAUAUAGUACAACCUCAGCAAUCCCUUGGCUAGAUUGACCAACAAGUUGGCCCUCAUACUGACGCUCACAAGUAGCUGGGCUGGACCUGUUGUAGAGUAGCACAUACUCACGUCGAAUAUAAUGGUAUAAUUGUCGC